UAUUAGAAGAAUUGUACAAGUUGGGAAGAAAUAAAAUUUUUCUAAUAUAAAAAAUUCAACUUAGGAAAAAUCAAAAUAAACUUGUUAUUAUUCCAAAAAAAUAUUUUUAUGAAAAGAAUCUAAUAAAAGGACACACUUUGUCAGUAUAAUAGAUUUUAAACUUUUUAUAAAGAAUAAAAAAGUUUCCAAUUGAUUGAAAUAUAAUGGCGGAUGUUGUGGUACCUGUAACUGUAGAAAAUGAGGCUGUCCCAGAUUCCCCAUCCAGUGGGGCAGACUUAGAAAAGCAGCAUUCUUUUGAAAAAUCUACAACGACCACAUCACAUCACCAUGAUUCAGAAUAUGACACCGCUAGUGACUUAGAAGGUGGGGAAGAAGAUUAUGAUGAAGAAAAUGACGAGAGUGGCGAUGAGGAUGAUAAGGAUGAAGAUUUGGAAGGUUCUGGCUCGGAAACAGGUAGUGAAUAUGAUGAAGAAGAUGAAGAAAGGCAACGUGGUGAUGGACAAGAACAAAUUGAUAACGUCAAAAAAGUUGAUGAAGAUCGUAGUAACCCCCAGUAUAUACCUAAAAAGGGUACAUUUUAUGAGCAUGAUGACAGAACAACUGACGAACCUGAAGUAGUAGAAAUAUCCAAAAGUACUGCAGAAGGUAAUUGCGAAAAUGCAGCAAAAGCAACAGUUCCAACAAUUUCUUCAGCCUCUAAAACAAUGAAAAAGUGGCAACCAGCUUCUGUAGUAGAUCGAUGGUCUCAUGAUAGAUAUGAUGAAAAUGAGCAAGCACCAAAAUCUAGAGCUGAACUUGUAUCUGCCUAUGGAUACGAUAUCAGAAGUGAAGAUGGACCGCCAAGGGCUCGUAGACGUCGCCGUUACGGUCGGGGCCCAAGCAAAUAUAAUCGCAAAUGGGAAGAUGAAAGCGCAUACAUAAAAAGUAAUACUCAUCGUAGACCACCUAAAGCUGAAGAUUUUCCAGCUUUAAAUGAAAAGAAGAGCCGCAGAAAUUCGCGAAAACAUCGUGAUGAAAAAGAAAAUCGUUUCGAUAAUAAAAAUUUGGAUAGUCAGUUGUCAAAGCGAGAAAAUUUCGGCAGAGCGGAUAAAACGAAUAGAAAUAGUAAAAAUUAUAGAUCUGGAACAUCUGGGAGUAGUAACAACCAAAAUAGAAGAAGUAUGGAGUUCAAAAACAAAAACCGGGGAAUUGACGAGAAGGUACACUUCGAUAAUAACCGUCAUGCUGAUGAAAAUAAUGUGCGGAUCCAACCAAUUCCAGCAAACCGAAACUUCGACGAUUAUACCAAUAAGCAAGUUGAUACUCAGAGGCAACAAAUUCAACAACAUCAACAACCGUCGAUUUCAACUCAAGCAUCUGAACGUUUUAAUAAUGGGUUCAAUGAUAAUCUCAUAAAUUACAAUUCGCAAAAUCAUGGUAAUUCACCUGGUUCCAACCAAUUUUUAUCAAGAGAUAUGAAAGACCCAAAAUUAAAUCAAAACCAUGUUGCAAAUCAAACAAAAACAUCCUCACAAAUUUUAUCGCAAUCUGUACAAAAUAAGCAAUCAAAUAUACAAAAUAAUCAAUUGCAGACCAGACUGCAACAAGUGCAAAAUAGAAAUGAUCCAAGUCAUGUCGGUAGUGUUCAAAUGCACUCUUUGGCUUCGCAACAGCAAUCUUUACAUCAACAAGGUUCUAGCUCUUCUAAUACACUGAGUCAAAAUAUAAUUCCUGCUGAUUUAAAUCAACAGCCAGAGCAAGGACGUCCUAAACGUUACUCUAGUCUUAGGCAAAGAAAUCAAACCGAUCAAAGUGUCAUGCAGCAAAUAGUUUCUCCCACCCCUGCAGGUUUGCCAAAUGCUUCACCACAUCAACAAAUAGAUCAACAUAGUAUACAACAGAUGCAUUUACAGCAUGAUCAUGUGGCUGUAGCAGCUGCAGCAGCGCAUCAGCAACAACAAGCCUUACUGCAGGCAAAUUUAAUACAGCUUUAUCAAGACAAUUUGCAAGCACAGCAAGUUGGUGUUCCAGCAAUAACUAACCUAAAUCAAAGCAAAACCACAGCGUCAACUAAUGUUCCACAAACAUCGCAAUUUCCUGGAAUAGUUCAUAAUUCGCAAUUUCCUUCACAGCCAGCAGCUGGCUCUGCUCCAGCAUAUUAUUCCCCUGGACCAAAUGAAUAUGCUGUUGGACCACCAAAUGUUCCUGGUACAGCGCCACAACCACCAUACGCUAUACCAUAUGGCCCUCAGACACAACCCCCACCAAAUGUUCAACAGGCAACUCCAUCCCAAACUGCACAACCAAAUUCAUUGUCAGCAAACCCGACUGCCCCAUUUACGAAUUAUCCGCCGCCAAACUCUAGCUCGCAGUAUCCAGCAACUGUAUCUCCAGCACAACAAUUUAAUACAGUUGGAGGUACAACCUAUUUCGUACCACAUACACAACCAACGCAAAGACAAAGUUCGUUGCCGCAACGCAGACCAACAAAUGCUAUACCUAUUUUACCCCCAUCGGAUAAAAACAAAUCCAGUAAUUCUCAGCAAACAAAUGGUAGUAGUCUUGAGAAAGAAAAUAAUAGCAAUGCACCAGCUGUUGGAAGUGUGGAAAAUAUUGAUCACAUAUUAGACAAUAUGUUUGUUCAAAGACAGCCUUUUCAGCCUGCUAUACAACAAAGCUCUUCGCAAACAUCAAUAGUAUCCAACGCAUCAACUACAGCAUCAACAACAUCGUCUCAGGGUAAUAAUACUCAAAAAGCUUCAGAAAAUAGAAUUGAUGAAGCAAUAAAGAACUUGUCCAUUGUUGAUUCUGAUUCAACAAUUAAUUUAAGUGAAAAAUCUGGUGAUAAUUCGGCUAGUGAAGCUAAAACAGAUAAGUCAUCUAACAUACAACCAGAAGGUUCUUUAGACAUAAGAGAUCCUAAGUAAUUAAAAAUAAAUUAUAGUUUCGAAUGCUUUUUUAAUAUUAUUGAAGAUAAAUAUUAAUCAUUUAAUUGAAUAUGUUUGUGCUAGUUCUAAGCGAAUUGUAAAGAAAUUAUGAAAUAAAAAUAUUUUAUUGGAAAAUUGAA